AAAAUGUUGGUCAGGACAAAUUCGAUACUCCUCUUUUGGAGUGCUUUUCCUGCUCAACCAAUCAAAGUCGUUGAUCAUGUUCCACCCCCACCCUCCGCUAACACAAGCAUUCAUAGUACAAAUGAGACAGCGGAAGUGAUCUCCCCUGAUAGCACGGCUCAUUCGGCAAAUACAUCUACAUGUAACAGCAGUGAAUAUGGUGUUGUCACUAGUAUCACAAGUACCACCUUAGAAGUACCCACUAUUCUAAUGCGACAGGUGGAGGGAGAGAAUACACACCCACUACCACUACCACCACCACCACCGGCGCCACCAUCAUCACCACCACCAGAAGAUGAAGAAGAAGAUGCAAUUGACAGUUUAUCUGCAUGUUCAGAUCAAAAUAAUGCACAGGAAAGUAUAAAAGAGCCUUCCAUAAUAUCAAACAUUGCCGAUCAAACUACCUCUUUACUAGACAACCCCAUCCCAACUUACUAUACCCACACUACUGAAGAAGACACUGAUAAUAUAAUCUAUUAUAAGCGACGUGAAGACUAUUAUCCAUCCCUAUUCCCACCACCACCAACAUUACCCCCACCUGCACCUACAAAAGAGCCACGUCUCAAUAGUCAUUUAUUAGAGACCAAAAUUCACAGAAUCACAUUGGAUGAUAGUGAAGGAAUGCCCGUGUUUAAACCCGCUACUACUGACAAGACGAAACCAAGAGCCAUGUUGAGACGCUUAAAGACCAUGGUCAAGCGUAAAAACAAACUUUAUCUAUUAUAGCUUUACAUAGCAAAUACAUCGCCCUUUUUUCCCGCACCCUGCAUUUUCUUUUUUUUUCUUUUUUUCCCUCGGAGAGCAGUGUACAUGACGGGGGUUGUACAAAACUACCCCUUGGUGGC